UGUAUAUAUAAAAACAGAAAAAAUUGGCAAAUAAGAAAGUGCUCAAAAAAUUAUAUCGUUUAAAUACUCACUACCUUGAAACUAUUAAAACUAUUUAAGCCAAACUAUAAUAUGGUUUCAGAUAAGAAGCAUUUACCCAUUCGAAGACUGACAGAUAUCAAAGUGACACAAAUAUUUCAAAUGACUAAAAAUCUAUCUAUCUUUAAAUAUGUGCGAACGAAAUCAUGUAUGAAUUUCUUGCAGUUAAUUUAAAUAGAUAACCUUAAUGAAUUAUUUAUUCUGACCAGAAUUCAUGUCAUUUUUGAAAACCAAUUUUCGAAAAACCAAAUCUCGGUCAACAACUAGAAAUCUGCUGCGUAACUCGAACGUAAAACAGCAAGUAAUGGUGCAAUUAUUAUUACUCUAUAAUAACAUAAUUGAUAACACGUUAGUCAUAAAAAAUUAGAGGGGGCUCGCGCAAAAUCUGAAUGACGUAUCGAAGAUUAAAGUACAUUAUCGUAUAAAGCAUAAUUCGGCGGUGCACAGGUUUAUUUACCACUAAACAACCGACGAGUAAACACCAACGGUUAUCACCAUGAGUACGAAUAAUUUAAAAUUAGUGGCGGUUCAAGUGGUGUUCAGACAUGGCCACAGGACACCGCUCAAGACUUAUCCUAAAGACCCUCACAGGGAAAUCAUUUUCCAACAGAAUAAACCGGGACAACUGACUAACAAAGGCAAACAAUGCACCUACGAGUUGGGGAAAUGGCUGCGCAACAACUACGACAACCUACUGCCGAAGACGUAUUCACCAGAUGACUUGAAGGUGAUAUCAAACGACGUCGACCGUUGUUUGAUGUCGGCACAGUGCGUUCUGGCCGGCCUGUAUCCACCAGUGGGUGACGACGUUUGGAAUAAGGACUUGAAUUGGCAACCCAUUCCAAUUCACACGGAUAAACCUCUGUUGGAUCCGAUUCCGGAGAGUUUCAAGAGAAUGGCCAAGAGGGUGGCUCGUUCUUUCUUUAAGGAUAUUCUGGCAGCGAAAUAUGUGGAUGUAUUGUCUCAACUGAACGAAGAAAAUGUGGGGGCAAAAAUUGAUUUUAUUGAGGCCUUCAUGAUUAGAGACACCCUGUUUAUUGAGUCGUCGUUGGGUCUGCAGCUUCCGGAAUGGGCAAAACAAAUUUAUCCAGAACCGUUGGAUUCGUACAGUGCCGAUUUGAUAAGCAUUCCGAGUUGCAACAAGGUUUUAUCGAAGGCUUCGAUUGGAGCAUUGCUCAACGAAAUUAUAAAUAAUUUCCAGCAUGAAAACAAGAAAAUGAUUAUGUAUUCAGCACACGAUUAUACAAUUGCUGCCUUAGUUUUGGCAUUGAAUCCACAAUUUCCCAAAUUUAUUCCGGAAUAUGGAAGUACAGUAGUAUUGGAGUUGUGGGAAGAUGAAACCAAACAGAUGUUUGUUAAAAUGUUGUUGAAGAGGAACAAUAAUGUGGACACUGUUACUUUAAAUCAAAAACAAAUUUUAGAGUUCUAUUCCUUCAAGGAGUCUAUCACUCAUCUUUGUAUUACAACUGAAGAAAGGACGGCGAUGCUCAAUGCAGAAUUAACAGAAUUUGCUAGUUAAAUAAUAAAAGAAGAAUCGCUGUUAAUUUUAUCAAAUGUAAAUGUGUGCAAAAUGUGUGAGUGCAAUUACUUGAGUAUUAUUUAAUAAAAGUGAGUUUACUUAA